AUGAGCGUUUCUGGACUCGCGCCGCCGCCCCCGUUCCUGCCUGUGCCUGGUCGACCUGCUGUUGCGUGGCAGCAAUGGUUCCGCAUCUUCGAGAACUACCUGCUUGCUUCGGGGGCCUCUGACUGCACGCCGGAUCGUCGCAAAGCACUACUUCUUCACAGCCUCGGCGUAGAAGGGAAGAGUUUGAACAGGCCCAGUCGGAAGACAGCACACUGCAACGAACCAAGGCCUACAUUGAAUCGUCCUGGCCUGCGCAAAAAUCUCUGCCGGGACGAGGACACCCGGUGUGGCUGGUUUGGCUUUUCGCCGUCGGUGGCGCAGCGGUUCGCCAGGUCCGAGUGGGUGCUGGCGUGCUUCUGCGCGGCCGGCUUCGUGCAGGGCAUGGUGAUCAGCGGCUUCGUCAACGUGUCGCUGCCCACGCUCGAGCGGCGCUUCCACCUGCGCAGCGUCGAGUCGGGCCUCAUCGUGUCCAUGUACAACGUGGGCUCGCUGCUCUUCAUGGCGCCCGUCACGUUCUUCGGGAGCGAGAGGCACAAACCGCGCAUCAUGGCCGUGGGCGUUGCGAUGAUGGGCGUCGGCUCGUUCAUCUUCAGCUUGCCCCACUUCAUCGCGCCGCAGUACAAGUACGAUAGGUCGCCGUAUAACCGCCUGUGCAAAUGUCCCGGCUGUCAUGCAGGAAGACUUAAAAAGAAAGAGACUGAUCGUUUUACGCCUUUGAGUAAGAAAAAGUCUCUCUUGAGCGUCACGUGGUUCAGCCACUCGCUGAAGGACCUGUGCCCGUUCGUCAGCGGACCAACGUUGCCCCCAGGCAGCGGGCUCCGAAGCUACCGUUUCAUCUUCAUGCUCGCCAACUUGGUGCAUGGGUGUUCCACGGUACCUUUCUACACGUUGUCAGUGGCCUACAUGGACGACAACCUCACGCCCCAGAAGUCCAGCUGGUAUAUCGGCAUCUACUACACCGCAGCCAUCAUGGGGCCAGGUGUCGGCUUCAUCCUGGCUAGCAUAUUUCUCGGCAUCUAUACUGACGUCAGCGUAGACCCGUCGAGCAUCGGCAUGUCGCCGUCCAGCAACGUGUGGGUUGGCGCUUGGUGGAUCGGCUUCGUGAUUACCGGCUUUUCGGCGCUGCUCAUCAGCUUGCCUACGUUUGGCUUUCCAAAGAGACUUCCAGAUGCCGUGAACACCCAAGAGGCACACGAGGUGGACUUCCGCGCGCUGAAGGGCGACACUUUGCAGGUGCGCCUCGCCGACAUGCCCAGAGCCGUGUUCUACCUGCUGCAAAACUACACGUUCCUGUUCAUCAGCCUGGCCGCCACCGUCGAGAUGAUGAUUGGCUCUGGCUACUUGAACUUCGUCACCAAACUGUUCGAAAGCCAGUUCGGAAUGACCUCGUCCGGAGCAGCAGUCCUGCUUGGCAUGAUCGGUAUUCCGAGCGCUAGCCUGGGCUGCUUCACGGGCGGCUACGUAGUUUCCAAGCUGAACCUGAGCUGCUCCAACAUCAUACGCAUGUGCGUACUCAUCUCGGUGAUGAACUGGUUCGUAUUCUACGCGCUGCUCAUCGCCUGCCCCAACCAGCGCUUCGAGGGCAUCGACAUUGAGAAGAAGAUGAUGUGUAUGCUUCGUGAUCUCAGGGAAGAGGACAUCGCGACGUUCAUGCACACCCUUCGGCUCACUUGGUCGUCUGAUGUGAGAGCAUCGCGCGAGCGUGCCCCCGUCACCCUGUCGCCUCCUCCUCCUCCUCCUCCUCCUCGCCGCAGGGUACUCACGCCCAAGUGCAGCAGCGACUGCAUGUGCCCGCUCAGCUUCAAUCCUAUCUGCGGUCGGGACCACAAGAUGUACACGUCGCCGUGCCUGGCCGGCUGCCGCAACGAGACCCAGGACGUCAAGGCCUCGACCACGCUCUACACUGAUUGCGACUGCAUCGUACUAGAAGGCGACCACAACGACACCGAACACGUGGUGGAGGCCGAGCGGGUGCGCUGUACGCAGGAGUGCUCCGCCUACACCUUCUACAUGGUGGCCACAUUCAUUUGCCUCUUCAGCACCUUCUACAUCAGUGCGCCGGGCAUCAGCGUCACCAUCAGGUGCGUCAUGCCAAAGCAGAAGUCGUUCGCCUUAGGUGUACAGUGGGCGUGCAUACGUCUCCUAGGCACCAUUCCGGCUCCGCUCAUCUUCGGCAAGGCAGUGGACAUGGCCUGCGAGAUCUGGUCGUCCGUGUUCGACGGCGACACGAACGACUCCGGCCACUGCGCCAUCUACAACAACGGGGCGUUGAGCCGCAACAUGGCCGCCAUGCUCCUGCUGCUCAAGACCAUGUCGGUGGUGCUCUUCGCGUGCGCCAGCUUCACCUACCAGCCGACGACGACAACAUCGUCUCCCACAUAAAACUGCCGAAGCGCGCCAUUCAGGCUGCUCACGUUUACAUCCUCUUGCUGGUAGUUACUGGACGGGCGGCCGCAUCGCCGGUGCCAGAACGAACGCGCCGGCGCAUGUAUGUGUAAGCACAUCGCGAAAUACUCGUAGGUACCAGCAAUGUUCUUUUUCUAAUUGAUCCAACUUUAAAAAGCACGAUAUAAAGGAAAACUUUCUUUGCCUA